AUGGAUAAGUUAAUAAGCUCGCUUUUGUGUUGCUCUGUUGACUCGAAAGACGACACCAAUGAUCGUGUUGUCAAUCAACAACACCAACAACAUAAGAAGCAUCCUAACAGUAUAUCCCCGAAACUGUCGAAUGUGGUUUCAUCUACUUCUCAUUCCAAAACCAUUCUGCUGCCUACAAAGUCCACUGUUAAAGUCAAUUCCAAGAGUUCUGGAACAGCAUCUAAAAGCGAUGGAAAGUCUGCUGACCGUGCUGGUUCUGAACGUGUUAGUAAUGAUCGUUCUGGUGCUGGUGCAUCUGUUACUGGUGCUACAACCGGUACGUCUACUACCACUACAUCUAAUUCGGGUGUAGUGCAAAGGAAAUCGGAUUCUAAGGAAAUCGAAGAAGAGGAAAAUAGUGUUAAUGAAACCGACACAAUUACCAAUAACAACGAUGAAACUGAAACAAAAACCCCGUCAGCAUUAAAUGGAGGUAUUCAUUCCAAUGAACAAAUAUUGGAAGCCGAACAGGAAAUACAAAGCAAGGAUCUGGAAUUAUAUGAAAAUGAUAUCGAUGCUGAACUUGCUAAGAAUCUGAAACAGCCAGAUCAUAAUCAUAAAUACCUGAAUGGUUCAGAUGCUAAUGGCAAUAGCUCAGUUAGUAAUACCAGCCGUGAAGACAGUCAUAUUGACGCCAUUCUAGAAGAUGCAAUCGUUGAAGAUGAGGAUUCCCUUUCAGAUCUUUCCAAAUUACAAGAGGGCCAAUCAUUCAAUCCCGAAACUGGUGCAUUAUUAGGUUUUAAAGAUGUAUCUCGUUUUGGUACCAAGAAAUGUCUUGUUUUAGAUUUAGAUGAAACAUUAGUCCAUUCAUCUUUUAAAUUUUUAAGAACUGCGGAUUUUGUUAUCCCUGUUGAGAUUGAUGAUCAAGUGCAUCAUGUUUAUGUGAUUAAAAGACCCGGGGUUGAUGAGUUUCUAAGGUUAGUUGGUGAAUGGUUUGAAGUUGUUGUUUUCACUGCUAGUGUAUCCAAAUAUGGAGAUCCAUUACUUGAUAAAUUGGAUAUUAAUAAUGCGGUACAUCAUCGAUUGUUCCGAGAUUCAUGUUAUAAUUAUCAAGGUAAUUAUAUCAAAAAUUUGUCACAAAUGGGAAGACCACUUCUGGAUUUAAUAAUUAUAGACAACUCACCAGCAUCUUAUAUCUUCCAUCCACAACAUUCUGUUCCUAUAUCAAGUUGGUUUAGUGACACCCAUGAUAAUGAAUUGCUUGAUUUGUUACCAUUAUUACAUGAUUUGUCCAAAUCAAAUGUUGAUGAUAUUAGUUUGGUAUUGGAUAUAACCCUUUAG